AUGACUCUACCCAUUGCUUCUGGCCUUGCUACCCAAUCAGACUCUCCUAAGGUGACAGAGAAGGACGAGGAGCCAACCGGAGACCGGUGGGAUGACGAGGACUGGGGAAGUUUGGAGGUAAUUCACAUGGAUUGGAUUUGUGGUGGAAUUUGACAGUUGGGACCGUGGGACGUCAACUGUCACAGAACAUGGGAAACAGUGAUGUUUGUAUUGGAGAGGCAUGUUCUAUUUGAUCAGUUAACUCAUUCAACUACUCUCGCUCUCUCCCCCCCACAGGACCCAGAGAAGGUACAGGCAGCAGACCCAGAUGACUGGAACUCCUCUGAUUGGUCAGGAAUGUCGUCAGUCAAAAAGAAGGCCAGUGUAAGAGGAGUACGUAUCUGGUUUUCUCCAGACCUGAGGCCUAUUCAUGGAGGCAGAAUGUUUGAAUAGAGUCAAAGAUAAUGGCACAUUGCAUAGUCACGCUAGUUCUGUAAAGUAACUAACACUCGCACUUAUCUUUUCUUACUAGCUCUGACUUUGCGGAUUAUAUACUUUGAGGAAAAAUGUACUUACUAUGACUGAGAUAUGUGGUUCUCACCUAGCUAUUUUAAGAUUAAUGUGCUAACUGUAUUCUCUCUGGAUAAGAGCGUCUGCUAAAUGACUAAUAUGUAAAUACAUUCCUGUCUGCAAUUUCCUGAAAGUUCCAACCUACUGAAUAAGGGUUCAUGAUUUAAAACCGUGUGAGUGCUGAAACUUCAUGGGGAAUAUUCAUUCAUUGCUGUCUCCAUCUCCAUCCAGGUGGGUCUAGCAACUUCUGAGGCAGUGAAAAAGCAGAGCUCUGAUUGGAGCAGCUCGGGCUGGGACGCCGACGACAGCUGGUCCAAUGAGAAGGAGGCUGACGGCCAGGGUCAGAGUUCACCGGGAGAGGAGGGGUGGGGCAAUGACUGGGAGGAGGAGGGAACGACUGCUCCAGCCACUAAGAGUGCUGCUCUGCCGGAGGGGGUUCGGUUAGCCAGCGAGUAUGACUGGGACAGUAAGGGGGCCACGCAGACUGACUUCCUUGCCAACGUGUCUCAGAGAGCAACGCCCACCCCCACUGCUACGGUGAGGAAAGGAGGGGGGGGCUUUAUAAAUAAAAGUUUGACAGGAGUAGGCUUUGUGUUUUGAAGAACUGACAAGCAGGUUUGUCAAAGUGGAGGUAAAAGUUAGGUGUUGAUGCUAAGUGGGGAACAGUUGAGGUGGAAAUGGGAGGACGUCACAAUACAAUACAUGUUUUAAUGUGUUUUCUGGUUCAUGCUAGGCGGGUGAUGGGAGUGCAGAGCCUGCUGUAGACUGGGGAGCCGAGGAGAGCUGGGAGUCUGUGGACGGAAGUCAAGGUGAGUCUCAACCUGCUCUAACAUCUAUCUAAACUCCAUUAUCUCUCUCAAUGAUCUGAAACCAGGGAGUCCUUUAAUAAUAAUAUAAUAUGAGAUGCUAUACAUGUUGUAAGCCCCAAGCCAAGCCCAAGCCAAUCCAUAACAGCUGUCUCUCUGUUUCCUAAGCAGGCCUCAGCAAGGCAGAGCUGGCCAAGAAGAAACGUGAGGAGAGGAGGAAAGAACUGGAGGCCAAACGGGCAGAACGCAAAGCAGCUAAGGGUCCUCUCAAACUGGGCGCUCGGAAACUGGACUGA